UGCAAGCAUGUGGCAACGAGAAAGUGUCAUGUUCGCACAGGAGCACCCGGGAGCGACGUAAACAACACUAAUCAGUUAUAACAAACAUAGAAGUUAUCUUUCACCUACUGUGAUGCUGCGUGACCGCAAAAUACAUUAACGUUAUCCAUUACUGUAGAUCGACAGCAGGAAACGUGUUUCUUGACAAUUUAAUUGCAAGAAAUUGAAAAAAAAUGUAAGAAAUCCCCACAGCACCAUUACCCACUUUUUUCGCGAGUCUCAGACUGGGUCCAUCAUGACGUUACACUGAAACAAACGAAACGAUUAUUCUCUGUUUGAUUAAACAGAAAACACAACUGUGUGACUUCAAACGGGAUAAAAACAUGAAUACCAAACCUGGAACUUCAAAGGUCAUAGGUCAAAGCCGAUAUCCAAGACCAAGGGCUGUCAUAACGGACCGAGAAAUCCGCUACAGGUGUUCCCUGCAGAACACAAUCAGCGAGGUAUUGCGGGAUCGACCAGGGUGGCAGGAGGUUAUAGGGGAAGGUGAGUGGGACUUCUACUGGUGUGACCGUGAGUGGCUACAUCAGAACUAUGACACCACCUUCCUGCAUGAACAUCAGAGGAUCCUGCACUUCAGGAAUCACUAUGAGCUUACGAGAAAGAAUUUGAUGGUGAAGAAUUUGAAGAGGCUUCGCAAACUAGUGGAAAGAGAACAUGGCAAGCUAGAGGCUCAGAGCUUUGACUUCUACCCAACAACAUAUGAGUUGCCAUCGGAGUACCACAUCUUCGUGGAGGAGUUCAAGAAGAGCCCUGGGGUGGUGUGGAUCAUGAAACCAGCUGCCAAGUCCCAGGGGAAAGGCAUCUUCCUGUUCCGUAGACUUAAGGACAUCAUGGACUGGAGAAAGGGGCAGUACCAGCCAGUGUCCGACCCCAACGUACGAGAGGGCCCUGAACUGUAUGUUGUACAGCGGUAUAUUGAGGACCCCUAUCUGAUUGGUGGACGCAAGUUUGACAUCCGAGUCUAUGUUCUAGUUUUAUCUUACAACCCCUUGAAGGUGUGGCUGUACCGAGAUGGGUUUGCCCGUUUCUCCAACACCAGGUUCUCGCUAGACUCCAUUGAAGAUGCAUAUGUUCAUCUGACCAACGUAGCGGUGCAGAAGACAGCACCAGAUUAUGAUCCAGAGAGAGGCUGCAAAUGGUCCACGCGACAACUUCGGAAAUACCUUUCUGCAAAGCAUGGUGUUGAAGAUGUGAAGAAUCUGUUCAAGAACAUUGACACCAUGAUCAUCAAAUGUCUACAGAGUGUUCAGAAGAUCAUGAUCAAUGACAAACACUGCUUUGAGAUGUACGGUUACGAUGUGCUCUUGGACUCUCAACUGAAGCCCUGGCUCAUCGAGAUCAAUGCAUCACCAUCGCUGACAGCAAGUGGGAAAGACGAUUACGACCUGAAGUAUGGCCUUCUCACAGAUCUCCUAAAUGUGCUGGAUCUCGAGAACAGACUGACAGGGAGAGAGAAGCGAAUCGGCGGCUGGGAUCUGCUGUGGGAUGACGGACCCGUUGCAGCAGAUGAAGGCAACAUGGACUGUAACGGAGGCACCACCAUCUACAAUGCCAACUCCUUCCUCGGUUGUCAAAAUGAGCGCAAGUCCCAACUUAGAGAAACAUUCAAGGUGGCCCAGAUGGUAAAGAGGCCUCAGUGAGUGCAGACGCCAAAACAACAUUCCAUAGCAGACGCCAACAAAACACUACAGAACAGAUAUCAGGCAGAUGCCAAGACCACAUUACAGAACAGAUAUCAUGCAGAUGCCAAGACCGCAUUACAGAACAGAUAUCAGGCAGAUGCCAAGACCGCAUUACAGAACAGAUAUCAGGCAGAUGCCAAGACCGCAUUACAGAACAGAUAUCAGGCAGAUGCCAAGACCACAUUACAGAACAGAUAUCAGGCAAAUGCCAAGACCGCAUUACAGAACAGAUAUCAGGCAGAUGCCAAGACCGCAUUACAGAACAGAUAUCAGGCAGAUGCCAAGACCGCAUUACAGAACAGAUAUCAGGCAGAUGCCAAGACCACACUACAGAACAGAUAUCAUGCAGAUGCCAAGACCACAUUACAGAACAGAUAUCAGGCAGAUGCCAAGACCACAUUACAGAGCAGACAUCAGGGCAGAUGCCAAGAACAUGUUACAGAGCAGACAUCAGACAUCAGAGCACAACACAAAGAUGAUGACAUUGCAGGUUUAAAAAAACAUGGUCCAUGGAAAUGUUUGCAGGUUUUUAUGAUCUUUGGGUGCCCAAAUGUGAAGAUUUGUUUGAAUGCCUAAACUAGUUUACACAGAUCAAGUUAAGUAUAUUUAACUGUUAAUAUUUUUUAAACCUAUUCCUGAACUUUCAACACUUUGGAUUCCUGCCAAUGUUUGUUAUGGCUAUUAAGGCAUCCAAAUUGUGUGCAUUUAAGCUGAUACAUUGUGUAUUGUACUUUAUCAGACGUGAUGAAGGAGUUGACCUCCGCAGGACAAAGGUGUUUCACAGACAAAGUCAUUAUUUGGUUAAGGCCGUCAACAUUGCUUGUCUACAAAGUCAGUUUUCAUAAUCAAGUGCAAUAGAGGGAUAGCAACUCUGAUUAAAUGUCUAGACAAGGCUGAAGGACACAGCUCACAAUCUGUGACUUUCCAUCAACAAUUAUGUCUUACCGAAAUUACAUGAUACGAACAGAUCGGCUUGUCUCUUCAUACUGCGAACAACACGAAGCAUGGCCAAAUUUAAGAUAAGAAAAUAUAAUCCUCCCUCCCUUUGCGGUCAGUUUUUAAAAAAGCCAUGAGAAAGAAGAAUUUAUUGUUUUUAUGGGUUCCUUAACAUCAAAAUGAGCAUGACCUCUCUGAUGCCUGUUAUUUCUGUGAGAAUUAAUUUGAGAGGAUCCCAAAGGGCCUGACUACUGUGUAUAUAGACUAGAAGUCUUAAGUUUUGUGCAGUCUCAUUAAUAUCAGAUCUUAGUUCUUGCUAUUGCUGAACAAAGAUCUGGGGACACUUCAGACCGACCUUUCGCCAAUUUUGACCAAUCAAUGGAAUGACUGACAAGAAGUCAACAUAAGCCAAUCAGAAGGCAGCUUUCUCGUGCUUUACAGCACCAGUUUCAAUCUGACAACUAUGCUUUGAAACAUAUUUUGACAAAUUCUCGAUUAAAAAAUUGAAAACUGAACAAAUUAAAAUUCUGGAAUGGCUAAUAGAUGGUCAAGAUUGUAUGGAUUCAGUCAUAA